AUGGUCGCUUGCUAUCCUGGAAAUGGAACUGGGUAUGUUCGGCAUGUGGACAAUCCAAAUGGCGACGGGCGCUGCAUCACCUGUAUUUAUUACCUGAAUAAGAACUGGGACUCCAAGCUGCAUGGUGGAAUUCUUCGGAUAUUCCCAGAAGGAAAGUCCUAUGUAGCAGAUGUUGAGCCGAUUUUUGACAGAUUACUUUUUUUUUGGUCAGAUCGAAGGAACCCACAUGAAGUCCAGCCAUCUUAUGCAACCAGAUAUGCCAUGACUGUGUGGUAUUUUGAUGCUGAAGAAAGAGCAGAAGCCAAAAAAAAGUUCAGGAACUUAACCGAUGCAAGGAAGAGAGAAGCACCUCUUAAUGAAGACUAA